AUGUACACGUCAACAACACACGCCUUCCAACUACUUCGCACCACUGCGUCGGAGGAGGCCACAGGCCAGUCAUCCUGGGCCACCAAGACACCCCAGCUCUCCCCCCGGACCAGCAUAUACCCCUCUAAUGUCACUCUCCGACUCACCGAAAAUGAUUGCAAGUUUAUGGAUCAGUGGGCGCAGGCACUAAUUAAGCACAUGCAACAACACUUUACCCACGAUCCACUCUGA